AGCCGCAAUUUGAUACUCCCUUCAUCGUCUAACCAGGAAAUACAUCACGGAAGUAGCUAGCUGACACUACGCUUUUAGCUAAAAUAGACAUGAUGUUGCGAUUUCGAGAGACAAACUGAUGAGCAGAAUUCGGGGAUUUUAAAUUUCACCAAGUAUUUACUCAGAUACAUUGCAUUUGAUAGGUUAAAGAGAUGAGGAGACGUACACUGUGAUAAACGAUAGCUAGCCAUGGUUAGCCUAGAACCUGCCGACAGCUGUGACCACAAUGCCCAGUCCACAAGCUACGUUAACGUUUCAGUAUGAGAAAUGCAUCAACUGACGUUAAUCUUCUUUAGCUAAAUUCUCUUUCGGCUUCGCGUUAGUUCUGCUCCUUGGUUUAGAGGAGGAUAGCGUCGCUACAGUAUCUGCCUUGCACAUUUCAUAUUUGAAGGACUAUACUCAAUCGGCAGCAUGUUUCAGAAGACCUCUUUCACGACGCUCAUAGUCGGGGUGUUCGUUGUGUAUGUUUUGCACACUUGCUGGGUGAUGUAUGGCAUCGUUUACACCAAGCCUUGUGAGAACCCCAAAUUCGAAAACUGCCUCAAACCUUAUUUGGCAGGAAAAACACGACUGCAGCUGAGUAUCUACACUGCUUUACGACCCAAUGCUGAUGGUGGACACACCCUCAUUCACAAGGAGGAGGACUUUGAUGUGGAGUCCAAGUUUGAAAGGAUAGUGAAUGUGUCUCUCCCAAAGAAGACCCGCAAGAAUGGGACGUUGUAUGCCAUGGUGUUUGUGCACCAGGCAGGCAUUUCUCCGUGGCAGGACCCUAGGCAGGUGCACCUGGUGACCCAGCUCACCACCUACAUGAUACCCAAAGCACUGGAGGUCAGCCUGAUCUCAGGGGAGGAAGCACCGAAGCCAGAGCAGCUGAAACGGAAGACUACUACUGGAGGUGACUCUGCAGUGGACCGGCCAGUGUCUCACUGGCGCUCCCGUCUCACACUCAAUGUGGUGUCAGAAGACUUUGUCUUCGACAGGGACUUCCUGCCCAGUGAUGUGCACCGCUACUUGAAAGUAUUUCAAAAUGGAAAAAAGAUGGUGUACCUCCCACUGCUGUUUGUGGAUGAGCUGAGCAACCGAGUGAAGGACUUGAUGGAGAUCAACAGCACCAGCAUUGAACUGCCUCUCACUAUCUCCUAUGACACCAUCUCCCUCGGGAAACUCCGCUUCUGGAUUCACAUGCAAGAUGCCGUCUACUCCCUGCAACAAUUCGGCUUCACUGAGAAAGAUGCGGAUGAAAUCAAGGGCAUAUUCGUGGACACCAACCUGUACCUCUUAGCCCUUACCUUCUUCGUAGCUGCCUUUCAUCUCCUCUUUGAUUUCCUGGCCUUCAAAAAUGACAUCAGCUUCUGGAAGCAGAAGAAAAGCAUGGUGGGGAUGUCCAGCAAAGCAGUACUGUGGAGGUGUUUCAGCACCAUUGUCAUUUUCAUGUACCUGUUUGAUGAGCAGACAAGCCUGCUGGUCCUCAUUCCUGCUGGAAUUGGCUCCCUGAUCGAGGUGUGGAAGGUGAAGAAAGCCUUUAAGAUACAGAUUAUCUGGAAGGGUGUAAGACCAACGUUCAUAUUUGGGAAAUCUGACGAAUCAGAGAGAAGGACUGAAGAGUAUGAUACUCUGGCAAUGAAGUACCUCUCGUAUUUACUCUACCCAAUGUGUAUUGGAGGAGCUGUUUAUGCCUUAGUUUUUUUGAGAUACAAAAGUUGGUACUCUUGGAUCAUCAACAGUUUAGUGAAUGGAGUGUACGCUUUUGGAUUCCUCUUCAUGCUACCUCAACUCUUUGUUAACUACAAGUUUAAGUCUGUGGCACAUCUACCCUGGAAAGCAUUCAUGUAUAAAGCGUUCAACACCUUCAUCGAUGACAUAUUUGCCUUCAUCAUCACGAUGCCCACCUCCCACCGGCUAGCCUGCUUCAGGGAUGAUGUGGUCUUUCUCGUCUACUUGUACCAGAGAUGGCUGUAUCCUGUUGAUAAGACCAGAAUGAAUGAAUAUGGACUGUCUUAUGACGAGGAAGAGAAACCCAAAGGGAAAGCUCAUGAAGACUAAAUCUGUAGUUGAUCGCACACACGCUGGUCCUGAGAGCCAUGUGUAGAAUAUGGACCUAGACAUCGUUGUGCUGGGAUGGGGUACAAUGCCAAUAAAACGCAUUGGUGUUAUUUGUUACAAGGGGGAUUUUCCUAGUAGGGAAGGUUCAGCUAUCCUUACUGCCCUCCGAGCCCCUCACUUCCAGGUAGUCACAUCCUUGCCGGUCACCACCCACCCAACCUUAAACAGGACCUACCCAGACCAUUGAAUACUUGAGUGGGCUUUCUUAAGCAAUGCGAUGAAUAGCACCACACUGGUUGAAUUAGCCACAGCUUCCACCAGUUGGACCAACCCAUGAUUGAUGUGUAACAUGAUUGGUGAAUGUAUGUUUGUCUAUGGGAUAGGACCAACUCAGUCCCCCUCCAGCCUCCACCCCUGCCUGCCUGCACAUGUUUGUCCCAUCCAACAUAAAAACACAUUGAACCCUACCUGGCGUUUCAUGUUGUCGUCAUCAGGAUACACACUGACUGAUGUCAACACACUGACUGAUGUCAACAGUCCGUUUUGUAUGCUUGGUCAAAGCGUCCAGAAUUCUAAGCUGUUUGAUCAUUCAGAAGAUCUCUGCUUUUAUGUUUGUAUUUGACCUUGUAAAGUAUUAGAACAUGAAGACCAUGAGAUGAUGGUGCCAAAUAUGGGAAACAUUGAUGUGCUUUUGAAUGCGAAAAUGUGUGAUGUUAAAUUUUGUUAAUUGUUAUUAAAGCAUUUGAUAAUGUUUGA